AUGAAUUGGAGUUUGGGCAAGCAUGCACUAGUAAAUGGUGACUCCCUGAGUGGAACCUCUGAUUUGAAAGGUGUGAUUAAACAGUUCAUAAAACAGCCAGUGCAUGAGUCUGAGCUUGUUGCGGUGCAGUGUCCAGUCUUGGUGUGGAGAGCAGCCAGUGAAACGCAUGAAAAAGAGAUUUUGAUGAGAUGUAAGGACCAACUGCUAGGCUUCACCUAA